AUGCUAUACGUUGCAAUCUCAGCCACGUUCUCCGAAAAUAUCAGCAGUCUUUCUGUGAAAGAUACUGAUGCUGAACUCGCAGAUUACGCAUUGGAAGUAGUUUGUACCAACUGUAGAGAGAAAAACGAUUCUCGAGUUACUGUAAACCGUUUAGAAAAGCAUGAAAUGAGCGGCAGUCGAGGCGAGGCUUCCUUUGUAAUGAAGUGCAAGUUUUGUGGUAGCGAAUGCUCGAUAAAUUUGGAGAAGACAGAGGAGAAACUGUACAACUUGGAAAUUGAGGAGAACACGGAAGCAGUGCAAAAGGUCAAAGUGCAAAGGAAGAAACAGGGCAUAAAAAAGGUUGAGGCAUCGCAGGCUAUUUUGCUGGCACUGGAUUGUCGGGGUUGCGAGGUCAUAAACUUGGCUUAUACAAACUUGAUAUUUGAGGUCCAGCUGACCUCGGGAAGCACCAUGGAAGCUUCCUUCGAGGACGAAAACGAGUGGUACGACUACGAUGAUAAAGCCAGUGAAGAGGCCUCGAUUGUUGAUCUUAAGUUCGAAGUCGUGAAAGGCAAGUAA